AUGCUGUCAGAUAACAUGAAACAAAAGAGCGAAAAGAAACUCAUUGCUGAUUUCGACGCUGUUUCAUUAUAUCCAUCCGCUAUAGCAAGACUUUAUACUUUAGAAGGUAUUCCAAAGGUUAUGAAGAAAGAAAUGUUAAGCACAGAGUAUCUCAUGAGACAUUUAUUCGAUGACGACCAAAAGGAACCCAUUGGUGAAAAGUUUAUGUCCGGCUUCUUUGUUCUCAUUAAGAUAACAGAGAUUGGAAUACAUAGACACUUUCCUUUAAUAGUUUGUGACCCUGAACUAAAUCCAGAACUUAACGUUCCCAGAAGUUCAAACACAUGCUGUUUAAUGUAUGUUGACCAUAUAACAUUACAAGACCUCAUAAAAUAUCAAGGUGUCAAAUGUGAAGUGUUGCAAGGAUACUAUUACGAUGGAAACAGAGAUAUUAGAAUAAGAGAUGAAGUAAAGAAGUUGUUUGAGUUAAGGUUAAAGUAUAAGAAAGAAGGAAAUCCUUUGCAAGAAAAUAUAAAGCUCAUUCUGAACAGUAUUUAUGGCAAAACUAUUCUAUCUCCUAUUGAGUCAAAAAUAACCAUAGUAAAUGACAAAGAUGCUAUAAGAUAUGCCAUCAGAAACUACAACCAUAUAGUGAAGUUCGAAGGUUUGGAUGGUUCAGAUAAAACUAUUUUCAAGCUAACGAAAAGCAUUUGCAGACACUUUAACUUCUGUCCACUUGGUGUUAACAUUCUGUCUAUGUCGAAGAGAAUAAUGUGUGAAGUAUUCUGUACUGCAGAAGAUAUGGGACUUCAAAUAUUUUACCAGGACUGUGAUAGCAUGCAUAUUUUCAAUGAAGACAUACCAAAGCUUGCAGCAGAGUUUAAGAAGAGAUACGGUCGCGAACUUAUAGGAAAGAACCUUGGUCAAUUUCAUUCUGACUUCGCAGAAAUAACACCUGGAAAACAAAGUUUAGCAUACAAGUCAAUAUUUUGUGGAAAGAAGACCUACAUAGACUUACUCACGAAUGAUUUAAAUGAAGUUGCAUUCCAUGCACGUUGUAAAGGUGUCAAACAAGACGUCCUUGCUUUAACAGCAAAUGAAAUGUUUCCUGAAGCUAUACAAUGCUAUUACAAUGAAGAUAAGAACAUUCACAUACCUGUUGGAACAUAUGACAAAGACUCUGAGUUCA